AUGGCGGUAGGCUUCACUCCUUGGGCUACAAAGCCACACUCGCCCCUAUACAGCAAGAUCUACGCAGAUGACCUUGAGGCACCUCCGUCGCCGGGGUUUCGAACGAGAAAGCCUUCGAGAUGGCUUCAUCGCUUGUCGCCGAAAGCCAUGCUUGGGCUCGUAGCUUCUGUUUUUAUAUUCUCCUGUCUUGUGGUUACAGCUGUGAGUCCAUGCUCUGGUUCCAUCAACCUUAAUCUUAGCUGA